CAAUCAGCUGGUGAACCUUCUGAGAAGGAUGCUCUGCAGCCAGGCCGGAACCUGGUGGCGGCCGGCUAUGCGCUCUAUGGCAGCGCCACCAUGUUGGUCCUCGCCAUGGACAGUGGGGUCAACUGCUUCAUGCUGGACCCGCAAUCAGCUGGUGAACCUUCUGAGAAGGAUGCUCUGCAGCCAGGCCGGAACCUGGUGGCGGCCGGCUAUGCGCUCUAUGGCAGCGCCACCAUGUUGGUCCUCGCCAUGGACAGUGGGGUCAACUGCUUUAUGCUGGACCCGGCCAUCGGAGAGUUCAUUUUGGUGGACAAGAAUGUGAAGAUCAAAAAGAAGGGUGACAUCUACAGCCUCAACGAGGGCUAUGCCAGGGACUUCGACCCAGCCAUCGCUGAGUACGUCCAGAGGAAGAAGUUCCCCCCGGUAAGUGAGGGCCAGGCCGGGGCUGCUGCAGAGUCCGGGUGUCAGGCACCAGGGCAGCUCCAGGGGGCUGGUGUCCCCAAGAGGAAAAGGGACCUGGGAAUGGAGAAGGGCCCAGACCUCGCUUGGGACUUGUGAGUUAUGUGACGACCUGUGGAUUCACAAUUCACCCUGGAGGUGGAUGGAAGCAGGGACGGAAGUGGACUGGACUUUGACGUGUGCAGAGCCCAUGACUGAUUGCUUACCUGGGGACUGGGGACUGGAGUUCCUGCCCUGAGAUGUCAGAACUGGAGUUAACCAGAUGAAUGAGAGCAUGGCAAUGAGAUGUUUCCCCUCCUGGGGUCCAAGGUCCCAGGUGGUGCAACUGUGGUUCUCCCGCCUGGGUGUCUGUCCCUCCAGACCUG